CAUAAUUAUUAUUAUUCCAUGGAUGGAAAUUCUGCUGAUCCAGAUGUGGAGGUGUGGGUGCCUCCAGAAGCCGAGCAUCACUUCCCAAACAAGUCCACAGUUCGAGAAGGGAAGGAGAACUUCUGGAGAACUUCCAUCACCUGGGAUUGAGGGUCUUUACUCUCUCAGUCUUGGCGUUUAUCCGCGGUCAAAAAACAAAAUAAAAUGGCAUUUUUUUCGGACGUUCUCUUCGGCGCAGGAGUUACCCUAGGACUGGCGAUUUUAGUCUUGGUCUCCUGGGGCAUUUAUUACGAUUUCACGCGAACGAAGAUCCCGCCUGGAUUCCAGCAUCCACUUAAGUUGCGUCUUCUUCACAUGUGUAUCGUGGUGGUCUUUACCUUGGGGAAGACGUUGGAAGUCCUGCAUUUAUGCAGGCAGGUGACUUUCAUCCGCUUCCUGAUACGGUUGAAGAAAUCCAAGAUCCAUCCCGGGGUUUCCGCAAGAGAUUUCGUCUUCGACGGGAUCCCGGUCCGGGUUUAUUAUCCCAAAUCCGCCUGGUCCGGUCGGAGGAAAGGCUUCGUUUUCUACCACGGAGGAGCUGGCAUGAUUGGCAGCAUCCGUUACUACGAAGACAUCACCAGUAAACUGGCGAAGGAGAGUGAAGCCGUGGUGGUCGUGGUUGGCUACCGCCUCUCCCCGGAACACCCCUUCCCCGCUCAGUGGGAGGACUGUCUUACCGCCACCGUCCACUUCAUGAAACACGCCGAAGACCACGGCGUCGACCCUACGCAGAUCGUCAUCGGCGGGGACAGCGCGGGGGGCAACUUUGCCACCGUCAUCACCCAAGAACUUCUCGGAUGUCCGGACCUCCCCAAACUCCGCGCUCAGGUCCUCAUCUACCCGGGUCUCCAAGCUCUGGACUUCAACCUCCCGUCGUACCAACAGAACGGGUCCACCCCUAUCCUGUUCCAGGAGAGCGUGGUGUUCUACGGGCUGAAGUACCUCUUGAAAGAUACCUCGUUGGCCGACGAUAUCUUGAAGGGUUGUCACGUGCCGGACGAAUUUAGGCCGAAGUACGAGAAAUGGCUCAGUGUGGACAACAUCCCCGAGCGAUUUAAACGCCGGGGGUACAAGAGACGCCCGUUGGGGCAAUUCAAGCCGGAGGUCCACGACCAAGUGCCGAAUCUCCUCCACGUCACGUUUUCGUCCCUCUUCGUCGAAGACGACGUUUUAAGACGGUUCCCGGAGACUUUUAUCGCCAGUUGCGAGUACGACGUGCUGCGGGACGACUCGUUGCUGUUCAAGAAGCGGCUGGAGGACAACGGCGUGAAGGUCUCCUGGUUCCACGCCGAGCAAGGAUUUCAUGGCAUCAUCAACAUCUGCUAUAUGAAUUUCGUCCGUUUUCCAGCCGGGAUAGAGCUAUUGGAGAAAGCGGCUAGCUUUGUCCGGGAUUUAUGAGACGUUUUUCGCCUUGCUUUGAUGGUCAAGGGGUCCUGGAUUUGCAAUGGUUUGUUUAGUGACCGUUCAAAGUUACAACAGCACUGACCAAGGGACUUAGAAGCAGUUUUUCACACUUACAAGCCCCGUAUGUAUGUAUAUGCUUCUGGUAAAAAUCUCUUUUUCUCUCUCUUUCUCCUCCUCUCUCUCUCUCUCUCUCUUUCUUUCUCUCUCCCUCCCUCCUCCUCCUCUCUCUUUCUCCUUCUCUCUC